AUGCCUACCUUCCCCGUCACCGAGCUGCAAAAGCCGUUGAUGAUCGAAAUCGGACGAUAUCUUGGCCGAGACGACCUAGUCAAGGCAUGCAAAGCAGAGGAAUCCAAGGACAAGAAGCUCACCUUGGACGGCGUAUUGAGCCUGGGCGACUUAAGCAGGGUCUUCAACUGGGCUUGCGAGACUAGCAACGCCGUAGUCCUAUCGCACCUGAUGCAUUAUUACCAAUUUGCGUCCUGGGAGAACGACCCCGAACUGGCACCCGAUAUGCACGCGCUGGUUCAAGCUAUCAACCUAGUUGAUGACGAUGGAAACUCCUUUCUGCAUCAGAUGUGUAUGCAAGCUGGAAAGGAGAAUGUCCCGACCGCGAUCGCUAACAUCAAGGUGCUCCUGCGGCUCGGACUUGGUAUCAACAACCUUAAGGCCAAUUCAAAGGGCGACACGCCGUUCACCACAGCGAUUCGGGCGAAGUCUCUGGAGAUCGUGCGGUUCUUGAUUUCCCAAAAUGUCAAUGUCAACCUUAGCAUUGGUGAGAAGAAGCCACAGACGCCGCUAAAGGUCGCGUUGCUAUUAGCGCCAGACAACAAGGACAACAAGAACAACGAGGACAACCAUGAGGUGGUCGCCUGUCUUCUAGCCGCCGGAGCGACUGUCGAAUGCAAAACACAUGGCUCCGGACUCGCACUCCUCCAACAGUGUGUGGCGACCGGCCAGCCACGGUGUUUUGCCUUGAUCCUGAAUGCCUGGAAACGGCAGAACGUUAUGCUGGAAUACAAGAAUCCAGCUGUUACCCUCUGCGCUGCUGUGACGCUGGGAGAUAUGCUGCUAGUCCACAAACAGCUAAAACAGGGCAAAGUCGAUGCGAACUGCACGGUCUACGGGACUUCGCCGCUCAUUGCAGCGAUUACCGUGGGUAAUCCCGAAGCGACAGAGCUAUUCAUGAAACACACUUCACCCGCUGGCUUCGACCGAACGGACGCAGCAGGCCGCACGCCUCUACACCUGGCCAUCAUCCAGGGACCCGAGAAGGAGAAGCUCGUGCGCCAGCUGCUACCGCUAACCAACCGCCUCAGGCCAGGCGACAAGAACCGAAAGCGGACGCCGCUCGUCGAAGCAGUCGAGCACCAGUCGCCUGAUAUCGUGGCCAUGAUUCUAGACCGCGUCCUCACAAAUAACAGCGGACCCAACCACGAAGAAAGCGAAGUAUAUCUCGGCCUCCGCCAAUGGAACACCCCGAAGCAAAUCCUCACAGCAGAGGACAACGCGGUCGCCGCCCUGGAAAUGGCAAUCAUGAAGCAGAACUACGCCGCCGUCCGCGUGCUGAUCGACCAUCCGCUGAAUCCGGCGAAGGAGCUGGGCGAGCAUAAGCUCCUCCUACACAUGGCUUUCUUCUACGGCGACAGCAACAAGAUGGACGAUAUCGCGGUGGCCCUGAUUGAAUGGGGCGCCGAGGUCAAGCACGUUAGGCAAAACCUCAAUACGAACCUGAUUGCGGCCGGCGAAGCAGGCUGCGCUAAGGCUCUCGCAGCUCUGAUCAAGAAAGGCGCGGAGCUUAACGCCAAGUCGAUGAAAGAGCGGACGGCGCUGACGGGUGCUGUGGGCAAUAACCACCCAGACGCCGUCCGGGUCUUGCUUGAGGCCGGCGCGGAUCCGCAUGUUCAGAUGCACUCGACGCCGUGGUAUAGAAUGCAGCUGCGCGAGGGCCGGGUGUCUAAUACAGAGACGCUCUUCGAGCACGCGGUUGGACGCGGGUAUGCGGAGGUUGUGAAGCUGCUGAUGCCGCACUUUGAUAUGGGGACGCAGUGUACCACUGGUGGUGAGAAUGCGUUGACGACGGCGGUGCAAUAUGGGCACCCUGAAACUGUCAGGGCCCUCCUUGAUACGGGUCGGUUUGAUUUGGGGCACGAGAAUGCGCUGGGGUUGACUGCGAAGGACCUUGCGAAGAAAUGCUCGCCGUCUUUUCCUGAGGAUCUUGUCAAGAAGCUUUCCCCUUAA